AUGCAUCGUCAGCUCAUCCUUGCUGCCUCCACCCUGCUGGUGGGUUUCGCGGCGGCGCAGACCGCAGGGACGUUGCCUUCGUGUGCCAACGACUGCGUCACGAGCUUGCUCCCGGCCAGCUGCAACCUGGAUCCAGACUGCAUCUGCCACGCCGAGUCGUUCCUCGAUAAUAUUGGAUGCUGCGUCUUCCAGGCGUGUGACACGGCAGACCAGGAGGCCGCGCUGGCAUAUGCGCACAGCAUCUGCGAUCCGGUGUCUGCUUCGUCUCUUUUGGUACGUUCC